CAGUCCGGGGCUGCAGACUGUGGACUUUCAGUAAACACUAGUUAGUCAUUGACGCAGGAAACACAACCAAGCAUCUUCAUCAACGCCAUCAAGCAAGUCAUUCGUUGUCUUGUACGUCUCGCAACCUACGGGCUUCAUCGAGGUCUCUUUCUGAAGGGGUGAAAAAGGCAUUGACAUGAGUCGCCUCGCCUUCUGCGUGUGCGUCGCGGUCGCCAUGUGGGCGGAGUCUACACUAAGUCGGUCAGUCUUUUCAGACCCUCCAAAGGCGCAUAUGUUGUUGCGGUCCCGCCGCGCCAACUCCUUCUUGGAGGAGCUGAAGCCUCCUUCAAUGGAGCGUGAGUGUGUUGAGGAGACCUGUAACUUUGAGGAGGCCAUCGAGAUCUUCAAGACCAGAGAGGCCACACUGGAGUUCUGGACCAAGUACUCAGACGGGAACCAGUGUGAAACCCACAAGUGUGAGCACGGAACAUGCGUGGACAUGUUCAAAGACUAUGCCUGCCGCUGUAACCCCGGAUACGAGGGGAAGUACUGUGACUACCUUCAAACGGCGACAAACUGCAGUGUGAACAAUGGCGACUGUGACCACGAGUGUUCCGAGAGCGGGAACGGCACUAAGAGGACGUGCAGCUGCGUGAUUGACUACACGCUGCACGACGACGACAGGAAGUGCGUCCCUAAAGGGGCGAGGUCUUGCGGUCAGCUCCUGAUAGGCCGCUCAUCCUACUCCAAGCCCGUAGAUGGCCUCAUGCCCUGGAUGGUGGGUGGCGAGGUGGGCAAGAAGGGUGAGAGUCCUUGGCAGGUGUUAGUCCAGAACGCCAAAGGACGCUUUCAUUGCGGUGGCGUGCUCAUUGACGAGAGUUGGGUCCUGACGGCGGCGCACUGCCUUGACAACAAUCUGCGCCUGCGAGUGCGACUCGGUGACUACGAGCGUUUCCGCAAUGAGGGCACUGAGGUGACUUUGCCAGUCGUCGAGGCCUUCAAGCACCCCGACUAUGACAGCGUGACAGUGGACAACGACAUCGCCCUGCUGCGCCUGGAAAGCCCCGCCCCUUUCUCGGAGUACGUCCUGCCAGCGUGCUUGCCGAGUCGUCAGCUGGCCGAGAACGUGCUUCACCGCAACGGGACGCCCACUGUGGUGACGGGUUGGGGCAAGGAUAGCAUUGACAGCGUCCGCUUCAGCUCGGCACUCAACGUCAUCCGAGUGCCACUGGUCAGCCGCGACGUGUGCGCCGGUCUCAUGUCGCACAACAUUACCGACAAUGUGCUGUGCGGCGGCAUCCUAGGCCAGCGUAUCGACGCCUGCGAGGGCGACAGCGGCGGUCCCAUGGUGACGCUCCACGCUGACACUUGGUUCCUGGUGGGCUUGGUCUCGUGGGGUGAGGGCUGUGGCCGCGAGGACAAGCUGGGCAUCUACACCAAAGUGUCCAACUACAAUGAGUGGAUCAACACCGUGCGUGAAAACUGGGACAAAAGGGGACACCCUCCAGAACCCUGAUGUGCACGUGUGCACACUCCUUCAAUAAACGGAUCAUUCACCUG